AUGGAUCCGAUAAAGUACUUGUUUGAAAAGUCAACGCUGACUGGAAGGAUGGCCAGAUGGCUGUUGUUAUUAUUGGGAUUUGACAUAACAUAUGUCAACAAAAAGUCUAUGAAGGGGCAAGCAGUCUCAGACCAUCUAGCUGCACAUCCGGUGGAGUCGGAUUCGCGACCAAUGGAAGAUCUUUUCCCGGAUGAGGACUUAGCAUGCAUGGAAGAAGAAGAGUGCAAAGACUGGUGGCAGUUGUACUUUGAUGACGUAGCUAAUCAGAGGGGAUAUGGAGCCAGAAUAUUGCUGAUAACCCCAGAAGAUCUUUAUCUCCCUUCUGCUUUCCGAUUAGAAUUCCCGUGUACCAACAACAUCGCAGAGUACGAAGCAUGUGUGAUCGGCCUUGAGGCCACCAUGACAUUGGGAAUCAAGAAGUUGAAAGUUUAUGGGGAUUUGUCAAUCGUAAUCUAUCAAACUCAAGAGAAAUGGAAAACGAAAGAUGAAAAGCUGAAACCCUAUCAAGAACACUUGGAGGGGAUGAUCAAGAACUUUGAAGAAAUUAUGUUCAAAUAUUAG